AUGGAUGCAAGACAAAGAUCCACAGAAAUCAAAAAGAAACAAACCGAGAUCCUCGCCAGGCUCACCCAAGGCACUCUCCACAUCAGCCUCUAUAUCCGCUCCGACCCUCCUCUUCCAAACGAUUUUCACUGGGCCUUCUACCUUCACAAAGGCACCAACUCCAUUCCAGGAGGGAUAAAGUACCACGUACGAGGCAUCGGUGGCGGUUGGAUUCCCGGACACGAGGCCACGACAGGGAUCUUCGCCGAGAACUUCUUAUGUGUGACCAUCCAGAUCGCGACGAUUCCUCAAUCGGCACAUGAACGUGUGGGUGAGAUCAUGAAAAGCUACGACGAGUCUCUCAACUCAAUGCCAGGAAUCACUUGUCGCGUAUGGCUGCUCCAGGUGCUGCGUAAUCUUGUUGAGGAAGGCUUUGUGCAUUGUGAUGUCGAGGAGUUGGAGAGGGAUUGUUUAGAGCUUGGAAAUCAGCAUAGCAUAUCCGCUAGUGCUAAUGAACAGCCUCGUCCGGUUGUCGUAUCGCGGGUCUCACUUUGA